CGACGUCAUCGACACGCGACCGAGCCGGUGCCGGGGGAAGAGCCUGCUGAGGGAUGCCCAAGAAGUUCCAGGGCGAGAACAGCAAGUCGGCAGCUGCCCGAGCACGGAGGGCUGAAGCCAAGGCGGCCGCUGAUGCCAAGAAACAGAAGGAGCUGGAAGAUGCUUACUGGAAGGAUGAGGACAAACACGUGAUGCGGAAGGAGCAACGCAAGGAGGAGAAGGAGAAGCGACGCCUGGAGCAGCUGGAGCGCAAGAAGGAGACGCAGCGCCUGCUGGAGGAGGAGGACUCGCGGCUCAAAGGCGGCAAGGCCCCACGUGUGGCGCCCGCCAAGGUCACACGCGCGCAGAUCGAGGACACGCUGCGCAGAGAGCAGCGGGCGGAGCCAGUGGAAAAGGCUAAGAGCCACCUGGAGCUGCCACUGGAGGAGAACCUUAACCGGCGCUUGCAGGAAGACGGCAGCGUGGAGGCGCGCACUGUGGAAGACGCCAUCGCAGUGCUCAGUGUGGCUGAAGAAGCUGACCGGCAUCCUGAGCGCCGGAUGCGGGCGGCCUUUACCGCGUUUGAGGAGGUGCAGCUGCCACGGUUGAAGCAGGAGAACCCCAACAUGCGACUGUCGCAACUGAAGCAGCUGCUGAAGAAGGAGUGGUUGCGUUCCCCUGACAACCCAAUGAACCAGCGCGCCCUGCCCUUUAAUGCGCCCAAGUGACAGAACCAGGCUGAGUCCAGCUUGUCUGAGUCAGCUCAUCCCCCUCCAGCCAGGCCUGACCAGGGAUUCAUAGAGUUCCGGGCCUGGGAGUCUCCCAGCUGCGCCAUAGGUCGCCCUCAACAACCUAGAGGGUCCCCGCUGUGACAUCCUAGCCCCCGUGUGCCCUGCAGAGCCCAGUGGAGUACCCGCCCAAUAAAGGCUGUGGCGAGGCUGAG